AAUUGAUCUCAAAAUUGAUUUUCAUGUAAAAAAAUAUAAAAAGAAUAAUCUUGUUUAUAAGAAGAUAAAAAUCACGGGUACAAAAAUUUGAUGGAAAAAAAGAAAAAAAAUAUAUUUUAUUUUAAAGAAUUAGGUAUGCUUCACUUCAGAAUAUUAAGGUACCUUUUUUUAGAAGAAAAGACAGGGAGGGAAGCUUCGUGUGGUCCCACGUUUCUCACACCUUUCCUGUUGAAAAGUUUGACAAUUCAUUAUCUUGUUGCUUUGUUUGGCCGUUAUCUCUGUUUUAUUUAUUUAUUUUAAACAAAUUAUUUAUUUCUUUGUGCAUACGAUUUCUUUUCCAAUGUGAAAUGAUUCUAUCUCUAGACUAAAGGACGGAAUAAUUAAUUUAAAGUUGAAAAUUCCAUCCAAAAGUAGCCACCUAGCCUAUGGUCAAAUUACAAAUCAAUUUGAACACCGUUUUAGAUCAAAUCCACAUGGAAGCCGCAGUGGACAGCACCACUCUAUAUCAUAUCUUAUGAAGCUCUUUUAUAUUUGGCUAUUUUAAUUUGAAUACAUUCUUUUUUAUUUUGGGCUAAGCAUAAUUUAAUUUUUUCUUAAUUGUUUUGGCAUCGCAAAAGGGUCGAAUCAAGACACCUUAUCAGUAAUAAAGUAUAUUAAAGUCAAGUUUUUGUAUGGACCGACUUUAAUUAAAGAUAUCGAUAUGUUCAAUAUUUAAAAAAAGUAUUUUGCUUGGAAAAAUUAAAAAAUCAAAAAACAUUUUCUUAUAAAAAAAAACAAUAAAAAUUCACAAUGCAAUUCCAUCAUCAGCGAAAUAAACGGUGAUAAGCCGCUGUCGACAAUAAAAUAUUCUCCGUGCGAAAUCGUUCGAACUAGAACGAAUAUCGACAGUUUCUUAACUUUCUUUCUCUCUUUCUUCGUGUUUGGUAAAAGGGAUUGGAGAAGAGAUGAAAGAAAUAGAAAAAACCCUUGCCGCCUCGCCGGAAGCUAAAACGAGUACCUUUACUUUCCAGGUAACACACAAACUCUUGUCGCCUCGCCAGAAUACAAAACCACUUUUACUCUUCCAGUUUACAUCAUACAAACCCGAUUCUUUAGUUUCUUUCUUUCCUUCGAUCUUGCUUUAAUUUCUAAGCGAUAGCCAUUUGCAAGCUACCCAGAGACAGCAAUUUAAUUAUGGCUCUUGUUAUCGGAGACGCUAUCCUUUCAGCUACAAUCAGCCAUAUAAUCAACCAAUUAGCCUCUCUGGAGCUACUCAAGUUCGCUCGCAGAGGAAAAAUCCACUCUGAUAUCAAGAAACUGGAGGCAAAUUUGCAUAUGAUCCAUGCUGUUCUUGAUGACGCUGAGGAGAAGCAGAUGGGAAGCCAUGCUGUCAAACUCUGGCUUGAUCAGAUCCGUGAAUUGGCCUAUGAUAUGGAAGAUUUGCUCGACGGGGUUUUCUCUGAGCUUAAAGAGGAACAACGGGCUAGCUCAAGUAAGGCGAAGAGCGCCAUACCCGGGUUCUUAUCCUCUUUUUAUCCUGGUAAUUUGCUCUUAACUUACAAAAUGGACUCCAAGAUUAAGAGAACUACUGCUAGAUUUCAAGAAAUUGCUCAAAAGAAGAAUAAUCUUGAGCUUAGAGAGAAUGGCAGUGGAGGGGUGUUGAAGAGUAAGUCAUUGAAAAGAUUGCCCAGUACUUCUUUAGUGGAUCUUUCUUAUGUUUCUGGUAGGGAUAAAGAUAAAGAGGAAAUCUUGAAGUUGCUUUUUAGUGAUGAAGGGUGUGAUGAGUACGGGAUUGGUGUGAUUCCUAUUGUAGGGAUGGGUGGUGUGGGUAAGACCACUCUUGCUCAGCUUGUCUACAAUGAUGAGACGGUAGAUAAUUUUUUCGAUUUGAAAGUUUGGUGUUGUGUUUCUGAGGAUUUUGAUGUUGUUAGGGUUACGAGAACUAUUCUUGAGGCAGUUUCGGGGAGUUACGAUGCGAAGGAUUUGAAUCUGCUUCAACUUAGGCUGAGAGAGAAAUUGGCGGGGAAGAAGUUUCUUAUUGUUUUAGAUGAUGUUUGGAAUGAGAACUAUGAUGACUGGACUGUCCUUCGCCGUCCUUUCCAAGUGACAUCCCCUGGGAGUAGAAUCAUCCUCACAACUCGUAAUCAAGAUGUUGCAUUAAUGAUGAGUGCUUUUCCAUGUUACCUUUUGAAAGAACUGUCAUUUGAGGAUAGCCUGUCUUUGUUUGCAAAGCAUGCACUGGGAAGGUCCAAUUUCAGUGAUCUGCCAGACCUGCAGGAGAUCGGCCAGAAAAUAGUUCAAAGGUGCGGGGGACUGCCAUUGGCUGUUAAAACACUGGGGGGCCUCUUGCGCACUAAACCUUAUGUUGAUGAAUGGGAAAGUGUACUUAAUAGCAAAAUGUGGGAUAUAUCAGAACACAAGGGCGGCAUAGUUCCCGCCUUGAGGUUGAGCUACUAUCAUCUUCCUUCACACUUGAAGCAAUUGUUUGUUUUCUGUUCUAUACUUCCAAAAGACUAUGAAUUCUACAAGGAUGAAUUAGUGUUGUUAUGGAUGGCCCAAGGGUUUCUGCCAGAUGCAGGAGGAAAGAAGCGGAUGGAAGACUUCUAUUCUUGUUUUAAUGAAUUAUUAUCAAGAUCGUUUUUCCAGCGAUCAAGCAGCAAUGAACAACGUUAUCUGAUGCAUCAUCUCAUCAGUGAUCUGGCUCAAUCUAUUGCUGGAGAAACGUGUGUCAAUUUAAAUGAUAAGCUGGAAAAUAACAAGGUCUUUCCAGAUCCUGAAAAGACUCGCCAUAUGUCAUUCACUCGUCGUACAUACGAGGUGCUGCAGAGGUUCAAAGACCUGGGUAAACUGAAGCGUCUGCGAACUUUCAUUGCAUUGCGACUUUACUCUUCACCUUGGGCCGCAUAUUGCUACCUGAGUAAUAAUGUAUUACAUGAGGCACUGUCCAAAUUGAGACGCUUAAGAGUUCUUUCAUUGAGUGGUUAUUGCAUUACAGAGCUACCAAAUUCAAUUGGUGAUUUGAAGCAGUUACGUUACCUUAAUUUCUCUCAAACUAAGAUUAAGCGGUUGCCUGAAUCUGUGAGCACUCUCAUAAACUUGCAGACUCUCAAAUUAUAUGGAUGCAGGAAGCUUAAUAAGCUGCCACAAGGGACUGGGAAUCUUAUCGAUCUUUGUCAUCUGGAUAUUACUGAUACUGAUAACUUGUUUGAGAUGCCUUCGUGGAUGGGUAAUUUGACAGGUCUUCAGAAAUUGUCAAAGUUCACCGUAGGAAAAAAAGAGGGCUGCGGAAUUGAAGAAUUAAGAGGGUUGCAGAAUCUUGAAGGCCGACUUUCCAUAAUGGCAUUGCAUAAUGUGAUAGAUGCUCGACAUGCAGUUCAUGCUAAUUUAAGGGGCAAGCACAACCUUGAUGAGUUAGAAUUGGAAUGGUCUAAGAGUGACAUUAAAGAUGAAGACCGACAACAUCAAAUGCUUGUUCUCGACUCACUACAACCUCAUACAAACCUUAAAGAACUAAAGAUUUCAUUCUAUGGCGGGACAGAAUUUCCUUCAUGGGUAGGACAUCCAUCAUUUUCCAAAAUAGUGCACUUAAAACUUUCUUGUUGCAGGAAAUGCACUGUAUUGCCACCACUUGGGAGGCUACCUUUACUCAGGGAUCUGUGCAUACAAGGCCUGGAUGCUGUGGAGACUGUUGGUCAUGAGUUUUAUGGAGAUUGUUCUUCAGUCAAGCCUUUUCCAUCUCUGAAGACUUUGACAUUUGAGGAUAUGCAGGAAUGGAAAUCUUGGUCCGCAGUUGGAGUUGAUGGAGAAGCUGAAGAACAAUUUCCUAGUCUUUCUGAGCUUACUUUAUGGAAUUGUCCCAAGUUGCUCGGCAGGUUCCCUAGCUGUCUUCCUUCCUGUGUAAAGAUUACGAUUGCAAAAUGCCCAAUGUUGGUAGAUUCAGAUGAAAAGCUUCCAGUGCUUGGUGAACUGAAAUUAGAAGAAUGUGAUGAGGUGAAACCUAAAUGCAUGUUUCAUAACUCCUCUCUAAUCACAUUGAAACUUGGGAGUAUGUCAAGGCUUACUUAUUUGAAGGGCCAGCUUCUGCAGUCACUGGGAGCACUUAAAGUUCUGAUGAUUUCUGAUUUCCCCAAACUAACCUCUUUGUGGCAAAAAGGAACUGGAUUAGAAAAUUUUGAACACCCUCAAUUUGUGUCAUUGACAGAGAUUGGUAUGCCCAGCACUCAUAAAAGUUCAAAAUUGUCAGGCUGUGAUAAGCUGGAUCUUCUGCCAAUCCAUACGGUGCACAUGCUUUUGUCUCUUGAGGAUCUGUGCAUUGAAUCAUGUCCAAAUCUUGUGUCCAUUCCUGAAGCUGGACUUUUAUCGUCACUGAGACAUCUAGUACUUCGGGAUUGCAAAGCUCUUAGAUCCCUCCCUGAUGGCAUGAGCAAUUGUCCUCUUGAAGACUUGGAGAUAGAAGAGUGUCCUUCCCUCGAAUGCUUUCCAGGAAGGAUGUUGCCUGCGACGUUAAAAGGGUUGAAGAUUCGAUACUGUACAGAAUUAAAGUCUCUGCCUGAGGAUUUGAUGCACAACAAAAAUGGCCCUGGCACCCUGUGUCAUUUUGAGCACCUGGAGAUCAUUGGCUGUCCAUCUCUCAAAUCCUUUCCUGAUGGGAAAUUACCAACUCGACUCAAGACACUAAAAAUCUGGGAUUGUUCCCAAUUGAAGCCUCUUUCAGAAAUGAUGUUGCAUGAUGAUAUGUCCCUUGAAUACCUAGCCAUUUCAGACUGCGAAGCCCUGUCAAGCUUUCCUGAGUGCCUUAGCAGCUUCAAGCAUCUCUCUGAAUUAAAUUUAAGUAAUUGUUCUGCUCUCAAGCUCUUUCCAGGAGUUGGCUUUCCCCCCGCUAACCUCAGAACGUUGACUAUAUACAAUUGCAAAAAUCUCAAGUCUCUACCUAAUGAGAUGCGAAAACUCACAUCUCUGCAAGAACUGACAAUUUGUAGCUGCCCAGCUCUGAAAUCCUUUCCAAAUGGUGAUAUGCCUCCACACUUGACAUCGCUUGAGAUCUGGGAUUGUGAUAAUCUCGAUGGGUGCCUGUCAGAGUGGAACUUGCAAAGUCUAACCUGCCUUAGAGAUUUUAGUAUCGCUGGUGGAUGUUUUUCGCACACAGUUUCCUUUCCAGAUGAGAAGUGUCUGCUUCCUACAAAUCUAACUUCUGUUUGGAUUGGAAGACUUCCAAAUCUGGAAUCUCUAUCCAUGCAGCUCCAAAGUCUUGCGUAUCUAGAAGAGCUAGAAAUUGUUGAUUGUCCUAAAUUAAAGUCCUUGCCUAGGGGAUGCCUACCUCAUGCUCUUGGAAGAUUCAGCAUCAGGGACUGUCCGUUAAUGACACAGCGCUGUUCCAAGCUGAAAGGAGUGUACUGGCCAUUGAUAUCCCACAUCCCUUGUGUGGAGAUAGAUGAUGGCAAUGACAUGUAAAGAAAUAUGGGGCUGCUUGUUAUAAUGUCUCUUUCAUAUACGUAUGUAAAAUGUAUCCCUUCUGUAAUCAAUAAUAUUUUGAAUUAUCGAAACAAA